UGGCUCUGCAGCUUUCGUCAGCGACUUGGAGGAACUUUGCAAACUCUUCUUGCGAGAAAGAGAGAGAGGAGUUGAUGGGACAGAGACUGGCAGCAGCAGCGGCCGCCUCAGUAUUGGACACGCAGCCGGAGAUAUACCUGGACACCAAAGGUCAUGACCAGACAGCGUCUUCGGCUGCUUGUGCCCCUGGCUCUGCUGGGACUCCUCACUAACUUCAGUCGCGUCUCAACUGAUGAGGAUGAGGACUACUACAUGCAGGAGCUGCUGACAAGGGAACAGUACAACCAGGUUCAGCUGCAGGAGAAGCCUGUGGCCUCAGUGCCUGACAAGCAGCAGCAGCCUGCCAGGAAAGUGCCAAAGGACACAGACAGCAGCAGGAAGAUGGAUAAAAACAACGCUGAGGCCAAAUUAGCAAAAACUGGCACCAAAAAACCUGAGAAAAACAAGAAAGGAAACCAGAAAGCGUCCAACCGCAUCCCAGAAGAAGAGGAGCAACACAAUCCAAUAAAAGAAGAAUGCCCACCCAUGGGAUUGGAGACGUUGAAGAUUGACGAUUUCCAGCUCCAUGCUUCCACCACCAAACGCUACGGCCUCGGUGCACACAGAGGUCGACUUAACAUUCAGGCAGGCAUCUAUGAAGACGACCUCUACGACGGGGCGUGGUGUGCUGGGAGGGACGACCCACUGCAAUGGUUUGAGGUGGAUGCCAGGAGGCUGACAAAGUUUACCGGGGUCAUCACACAAGGCCGGAGCUCCCUCUGGUCCAGCGACUGGGUGACGUCAUACAAGGUGAUGGUGAGUAACGACAGCCACACGUGGAUCACACUGACCAACGGCUCCAAAGAACUGAUCUUUGCAGGCAAUAGGGAGAAAGAGAUCCCUGUCCGGAACAUAUUUCCUGCUCCCAUUGUUGCCCGAUACAUUCGGGUGAAUCCUCUCUCGUGGUUCCACAGUGGCAGCAUCUGCAUGAGGGUGGAGAUCCUUGGCUGUCCAUUGCCAGAUCCAAACAACUACUACCACCGUCGUAAUGAAGUUAUAACAACAGACGAGCUGGACUUCAGACACCACAGCUACAAAGACAUGAGGCAGCUGAUGAAAGUAGUCAACGAAAUGUGUCCCAAUGUCACCCGCAUCUACAACAUUGGAAAAAGCCAUUCAGGACUGAAACUGUACGCCUUUGAGAUUUCUGAUAAUCCAGGGGAGCAUGAAGUUGGUGAGCCAGAGUUCCGCUACUCUGCGGGUUCCCAUGGCAACGAGGUUCUAGGGCGAGAGUUGCUCCUCCUGCUGAUGCAGUUCAUGUGUCUGGAGUAUCUCUCUGGCAACCAGCGGAUUCGUCACCUGGUGGAGGAGACCAGGAUCCAUCUACUGCCAUCGAUCAACCCAGACGGCUACGAGAAAGCCUUUGAAGUGGGGUCUGAGCUCAGUGGAUGGUCUCUGGGUCGUUGGAGCAACAUUGGCAUUGACGUUCACCACAACUUCCCUGAUCUGAACUCCAUACUUUGGGAGGCUGAGGCCAAGAAGUGGAUCCCCCGUAAAAUGUUCAACCACCAUGUGCCCAUCCCGCAGUGGUACCUCUCCAACAAUGCCUCAGUGGCUGUGGAGACGCGGGCUCUGAUAGUGUGGAUGGAAAAGAUCCCUUUUGUGCUGGGAGGGAACAUCCAGGGAGGAGAGCUGGUGGUGACCUUCCCUUAUGAUAAAACACGAUCACAAGGGGUCACUAGGGAGCAAACUCCCACGCCAGAUGACCCCGUCUUCCGCUGGCUGGCGUUCUCUUACGCCUCCACACACCGCCUCAUGACUGACGCCAGCAGGAGAGUUUGCCACACUGAAGACUUUGCCAAGGAGGACGGAACCAUUAAUGGGGCGUCUUGGCACACGGCAGCGGGAAGUAUGAAUGAUUUCAGCUACUUGCACACCAACUGCUUUGAGCUGUCGAUGUACGUGGGCUGUGACAAAUUCCCUCAUGAGAGCGAGCUGCCUGAGGAGUGGGAGAACAAUCGCGAGUCUCUUCUUGUCUUCAUGGAGCAGGUGCACCGUGGGAUCAAGGGUGUCGUGAAGGAUUUGCAAGGCAACGGAAUAGCAAACGCCACCAUCUCCGUGGAGGGCAUCAGCCAUGACGUCCGCACAGCUGCUGACGGGGAUUACUGGCGUCUGCUGAACCCUGGGGAGUACAGAGUCACGGCCCGGGCACAGGGCUAUACCCUCACCAGUAAGAAGUGCACGGUGGGCUACGAGAUGGGGGCCAGCAGGUGUGACUUCUCCAUGAGCCGCACCAACCUGGCCAGGAUCAAAGAAAUCAUGGAGCGAUACAACAGGCAGCCCGUCAAACUGCCCAACAGGCCGCUCCAGGCCCGCCGUUCUAGAGAGCGGCGCCUGGGAACAUAAUGACCGAAGGGAAUUAUUCCAAACAAAGAGGAGCGCCGAUCACUCCGGGGUGACAUCCAAGCCUUUGGAUCUCCAGAACAUUCCUCCUGAGUGCUUCCAGCGGAAUGUGGAUUAAUUUAAACGGAAUGCUUUCGUUACCGUCAUGAUCUCUUUGUAUGCAGAGGACAUUGUGGCCAAGAAUUCUUCUAUUAUCCCAAUAUUCUGUCAGCGACUACUGCCAUUAGAGAUGACGUCGUAUUCAUGCUUGAAUAUCAAACGUUUGAUCUGCUGUGAUGUUAUGUGUGGCAGUUAAAGAAAAUACCACAUUUACCAGCAUCUAUUUUGAAUUUCUGUCUGGAUUAUAAGAGAUCCGGAACACUCGAUAUAAAGAUAUAAAUAGUUAUUGAGAAAUCUCUCUGGAAGACAAUACACUCAGUAAUAGACUGUAUACUUUUUCCCCUAAAUGUUUUAAGUGUACAUGUUUAUUAUAUUGUGUUUCUUUUUACAUUUUA